AUGUUGUCCCGGGCCCGAUUAAUCCAGCGAUUGGUCAUCUUUGCCAUCUUCUCAUUCCUCCUGUUUGUUGGAUCUCAACGAAUCCCUCUACGAUCGAACACGGUUCCUUCAGCCCCCUCCGCCCCAUCGCCUGCCAGAGACUCUAGCUAUGAACGUCAAGUCCAAUUCUGGAAAAACCUCCAUAAUUUACUUGAAUCAAACUCUCCAGCAACUGAUCCGCCAGAACGACUGAAGAAGGCGGAAAAUGUUCUCUUUGAUCCCAAUGCUAACUAUACUCGGCCCGACCUCUUCGCCAUCUCCGAAGGAGACGUGAAACAACUCCAGCAGGUUCACCAGCGAGUAGUCCAGAAAAUCAAAAAUGAUAAUUCAAGCCUGGAACUGGUGUAUCAUAGAGGCAAGCGGGGCAUUGUGUCUGCUGCAGGACGCAAAUAUCUCCCGACUCUCGUGAUAUCUUUGCGAUUGCUCCGGCGCAGUGGUACACGAUUCCCGGUGGAGGUAUUCAUUGCAUCACAGGAGCAAUAUGAUGAAGUUGUUUGCGAGCAGAUACUCCCUACAAUGAACGCCGUCUGUAUCGUGCUGUCCGGCAUCCUUGGAACGAACGUCGUUUCUCGGUUGGAACCAUUUCAACUAAAAUCUUUUGCCAUGCUGUUUUCGUCAUUUGAACAGCUCCUGUGGCUCGAUGCUAGUUGCUUUCCCAUACACGACGCUAUCGAAAUCUUUCAGUCUAAACCAUUUACUCACGUCGGUUUGGUAACAUGGCCAGAUUUCUGGUCGUCCGACCCAUCUCGGUUUUUCAACACAAUUGCCUCCAAACCAGAGCCGCCCGUAUCAGAACGAGCAUCCACUGAUGGCGGACAACUCCUCAUAUCGAAGAAAACUCACGCGAAGACCCUUCUUUUAGCAAGCUACUACAACUACUACGGCGAAACUCAUUUCUACCUCUUGCUCUCCCAAAGCGACGUAGGCGGAAGCGACAAGGAAACAUACCUGGCCGCAGCGUCGGUUCUAGACGAGCCAUUUUAUGCUGUCAACGAGCCCAUCCGAUCCAUUGGCCAUCGCAAUGCCAAUGGCCAUCUGGACAGCUCUGCCACUGUUCAGUACAGUCCCACAGAGGACUACAAACUGACCAACCAAGGCAUAAAUCAUGUAAAGGACGCCAACGCGGGCCCGAUACCGCACGCCUUCUUCUUGCGCACUUCAUAUUCCAAAAUGAGCCCAGUGAACCUCUUUGACCCGUCCAGAAAUGGCAGCGAAGAGGUCUCUCCGAUCCGCGGACCAGAUGGCAAACCGUCCCGCGCAUGGACGGCGGAGAAAGAGACGAUUGACAGUCUUGGUGGUCCUGAUGUUGAGCGGGAGUACUGGUCUCACGUGCGCUGGACGGUUUGUACACUGGAGGGGCUACAAUUUAAAGACUGGAAGGACAAAGAGGGUACCUGCCAGCAGGCGAAGGAGUAUUUCGAUGCGGUUUUUGCGCCCAAGGAUAGGCGCUGA